AUGAGUAAAAAAUCAACAAAAACAGCCAUUCGAUGCUAUUAUGAUGUGUUGGAGGUUGAAAGAACAGCAACAGAAACCGAUCUAAAGAAAAGUUAUAGAAAGUUGGCUUUGAUAUGGCAUCCCGACAAGAACCAACAUCAACUAGAGAUUGCUGAAGAGAGAUUCAAAGAGAUUAAUCAUGCCUACUCUAUUCUCUCUGAUUCAAACGAGCGUCAGUGGUACGACGACCAUCGUGAAGCUAUUCUUCGUGGCAAGGAUGCGACAGGCAGUGACAGCGUCAUCAACCUGUGGGCAUACUUUUCGACCGCCUGUUUUGAUGAAUACGACGAUGGAGAGCGUGGAUUCUACACUGUCUUUUCACAGGUGUUUGGGAACCUCGACAAUGAUGAGGUGGAGGCAGCUGAUAACUUUUCACGCGACGGAAGAUCACGUGCCAAAACAGCACCUGUCUUUGAUGAAGAGAAGCGUGCUGUCCGCGAAGAGGAGCAACGUAUCAUUGCCGAGGAACGACACAAAGAGAUGGUCAAGAAACACAGAGAAGAGAAAAAGGCAGAGUUUGAGAAAUUAAAGUCUCAAGGUGGAUUCCAUUUCAUGGAGGCUGAAGAAGUCAUCGAGGAUGAACCCGAGUUCUCCUGUAUUGUCUGUGACAAGAUGUUUAAGUCGGACAGACAAUUAAAGAAUCACGAGAAUUCAAACAAACAUAAAGUUGCACUUCAAAAAAUGAAAAGAGAAGUUUCUUUGGAUGGUGAAUUUGAAGAAGAAGAAUUGGAAGAAUUGGAAGGAGAAGAAGUAGAAAAAGUGGAAGAAGAGGAGGUAGAAAAGAAGAUUAAAGUAGACACUCCAACCAAAUCAUCUUCCCCAUCAAAUUCCUCUUCAAAGAAAUCAAAGAAAAAUAAGAAAAAGGUUCAACAACAAGAUGAUGAUGAUUAUAGUUCACCUCAUAGUAUGGUUUCUAAAAAGAGUAAAAAAAAGGAAAAGAAGAGAUCAAAGAAACAACAAAGUGAAGAUGAAGAAGAAGAAGAAGUGGAUGAAGAAGAGGAGGAAGUAAUUCCACAACCAGUUAAAAAAUGUGGAAAGAAAGAUAAAAAGAAAUCAUCAAAUAAGAAACAAAGUGAAGAUGAAGAUGAAGAAGAAGAAGAUGAUGAAGAAAUUGAAGAAGAUGAUGAUGAAGUAAUUCCAAAACCAGUUAAAAAAGGUGGAAAGAAAGAUAAAAAGAAAUCAUCAAAUAAGAAACAACAACAAAGUGAAGAUGAAGAUGAAGAUGAAGAGGAGGAAGAAACAAUUCCAAAACCAGUUAAAAAAGGUGGAAAAAAGGAUAAAAAGAAAUCAUCAAAUAAGAAACAAAAUCAAGACGAUGAUGAUGAUGAUGACCAAGAUUUUGAUGACGAUGUAGAAGAAGAACAAUUCAAUAAUAUAAAGAAAAAAUCAUCAUCCUCCUCUAAAAAGAAAUCAAAGAGUAAAACAAUAGUAGUAGAAAGUGAAGAAGAGGAAGAGGAAGAAGAGGAAAAACCAAUAUCUAAAAACAAGAAAAAGGAAGAAAAAUCAUCUCCCAAAAAGAAAUCAAAAGUUGUACAAAUAGAAGAGAGUGACGAAGAAGAGGAAAUGGAUCAAGAUGAUGAUGAUGAAGAAGAUGAUGAAAGUGAUGAAGAAAUCCAAAAAUCAAUUUCAAAAUCUGAAAAGAAAUUAAAAUCAUUAAUGUUUGAAAGUGAUGACGAGAAAACCAAAAAGAAACAAACAACAACUAAAAAGAUUGGAAAGGCAAAAGAAAAGAGAUUACAACGUCAAGAGAAACAAAAACAACAAAAAGAAUCAACAGGCAAAAAACCAACAGAGUAUAAAUGUGCUGUUUGCCAUGUUGAAUUUGACUCUAGAAAUCAUUUAUUUACUCAUUUAAAAUCUAAUCCAAAACAUGCCAAACCUUUAUAA